AUCACAGUAGCCCGGCCUUGACUGAAAAUAUUGAAAUAGCUUACGGGCACGCACCCGAAACCAACUGAGGGGUCGAAAGCUGGGGGGGCCAUGGAGCUGUGGAGAAUGGACGAACUGUGCCUGGUGAAAAUAUUGAAAUGCCUCGCCCUGCCGGACCAGCUGGCCAUGCUCCAGACCUUCCAGCGGUGUCGCCCGCUCCUGGGGCGCAUCUGGCGCUCGCAACUGACCGAGAUUGAGCUCAAUCUGCUGGAGGUGCCGCUGCACAAGGACGACUUUGACUUCCUCCUGACCAACGGCCGUGCGCAGCUGAACGAGCUGAGGCUCAACUACCUGGGCAGGGACCACUUUGAAGUGCUCGUCGGGCACAGGUUUCCCCAGCUGCGGCUCCUCGAGGUCGAUCUCCUGCCGCCGUUCUUCCUGUGCCCGCGAUUAUUGCAUCAGCUGGGACAGACUAUGCCGUUGGCGUUGGGUAGUAAUACAUUUUAGGGGGUGUGCGGGUGGGUGUUCAAUUGUAAAUAAAGUGGUCUGCAAUCCUUAAAAUCAGG